AUGCCUCUGCUGGGGACGCCGUUCUCAAUUGAUCGGCUGCUGGGCCUGCACCUGUUUGACAGCGCAUUCGGCCCACCACCACCGCCUAGCAAGGCCGCCAGCACUGCUAAAAAACACCCCGCAACGACCUCGGCAGCUUCCUGCUUCACUUCUUCUGCAUCCUCCUCCAACAUCCUCAAAACUGGCGCGUCUCCGAACUCUUUAUCAUCAGCGUUAGCCCUGCUUGGCCUCGUCGCCCAGGACCCCGAUCCAGCAUCAUCUCCGUCGCCUGCCGCCGCUGUAGCCUCCCCGUCUGCCCCCAUCGCUACGUGGCCAAUGGCGCAGCUACCGGUCGAGAUUUUCGAAAUCAUCACCAGGUAUCUGACCCGGGCUGAUGUCCAGGCCCUCCGCCUGGUGUGCAGGGAGUUCGAGGCCAAGGUCUCUGCCCAGUAUUUCCGAAAUGUUGUCGUUCCCUUUCGCGCUGAGCUGUACACCAGCCUAGAUGACGAGAACAACGCCGCCAUCACGUCGAGGCUGUUUUCCAACGGCAUGCGCAUCUUCGAAUCCUUUGGUCCUCACAUCUUGCGCUUCGCCCUAUCACUCGAGCUGGACGAAUUCAUUCUUGCCUACCCGCCCGUCAAACCCGCCCAGGAAGCCGUCCCCGCCUUCUGGGGCAUCUAUCGAUGGCCUCACGAAACGUACAACCGCUACAGAGACCUCGAAGGUCUGGAACAGACGGCCGAUGAAACCGACAGCAUGAAGAAGGCCCUUCGCUGUCUAACCAAGGUUACCAAUAUUGGCCUCUGCUGCGAUGCGGGCUUGGGAUUCCUGGUUGGCCCUGAGCACGCGGCUCAGAAGAUCAACAAUCGUGACCCCGUCUUCGAUGCCCGCGAUUGGCAUCCGGAAGGUCGUGUAAAGAAGGGUGAUACGCUUGUUGCUGUGUCCGAUUUUAAUGGUGUUCGUCGUGAUCUGACUAGCGCCACAGCCCAGCAUGAUACCUUCAAGCGUCGAGUUUUGGAGAAGAUGAUCUCUGAUGCUGGCUUUGCCGGCUACUGCGUUCCCGAGGCGAUCGACCUUCUACUCGAAACCGAGGGCGUUACCAUUACCGAAAUCGACUUUGACGAGCGAGAAGUUAACGUUGAUGAACAACAGCAGCAGUUACAACAGCAGCAGCAAGAGGCACGCAGCUCUCGUAGAGCCCAGCGCCAGUUUCAAAUCCAUCAUCUCCUACAGCAGCACAAUCCACAACCACAGCCGCAACAGCAGCAGCUAGCAGCAUUACCACAGCAGCAGCAUCAACAGCAGCAACAGAAUCCUGAUGUAUUCGAUAUCUUUGGAUUCCAGGUGCCUGAUCAUCACGGGGGACAUAUUCAGCUGCCUGUACCCCCGGAUGUUAAUGGCAACGGAACCACGACCUUUGGACCACCCGAGGAAGACGCGGCGUUUGGGAUCCCCAACAUUCCCGCGCAACCAGCGCAACCGGCACCGGCAUUCCCUCCACGCCCACCUCCCCAACUGAGGCCGGCUGAACAGGAGGGCCAGCGGCAGGUCGCGCUCGAAACCGCCAACCGCCAGCCUCUUAUUCCAACCAAUCUUACACGGGCCCAGAAGGAAUUGCUACUGGAGCUGGAGUGGGCUCAUCGGGCCAUGAUCCAAUCUUAUGUCAUCAGCAUCAUCGAUAACGCGAGAGACGGCUGCUUCACCAAUUUGACGAAUGUAACGAUUGCCAAAAUCCCCAGCGCUCACAUUCACAUCCUGUGCCACAAGGAACUCUGGGAGAACAUACCUAGCAUCAAAACCGUCUCCCUUGCUGUUAUUGCGGAUUGGAGAAAGAUUUCCAAGCCUUCCCCUGGCGUAGUUGAGGACGUCCAUGUAUCUCCCGUGGAAGCCGUGAGUAAGGUCUAUCGGCUGCUGAAUGAUCACAUUGGACGACAAUCAAAUAUCGAGAGCCUCCGCUUUGAGUGGAUCUGCGGUGGUGAGUUUGCGAGGGGCCCGUAUCAGCGCAAUCAAUAUGUUCUACCGGCUCCAUUUGUUGAGUCUUCAGACCUGAUGAUUUCUCCUGAGGGUGCUAAAGAUACCAAUAGGCUGCUGUAUCUGCCUUACAUCAAGCACUUGUCACUCAAAAACUGCUGGUUCGCGCCGCACAUAUUAUUCCAAACAACUCGCUACAUGGCGCUACACUGUCUUGAAAAGCUGGAUUUUGAGACUGUUUCUAUUUCUGGGCCUCCCACCAUUCCUCCACAACAGCCUGCGAAUCCUGCUCCGCUAGUUGCCGACGAUCAAGGCGUUCCGAUUCACCCACUCUUCCCCCCCUUUGCCGGUCCUGUGCCAGGCGCCCCUUUCCAACCGGCUGUGAUUCCUCCACCGCCCGAAGAACCAUCGGUUGACAGGCUUGGGCUGCCAGAAACAUUUUCAUGGGCUGGUUUCUGCGAGCAUUUUAGCCCUGGCAUCAAAAUGCGCCACCUUCCUCGCUUCCGCGAAUCGCCCGGCUCCGACACAGAUGGACCCAACAGUAAAUCUGAAGACCUCUCCCCUUUCUUACCGGAUGCGAAUAGGCUCAAGAUCGAUGAGUCUCGAUAUGGCCUCAGCUCCAUAUCUUUCAAAUCCUGCGGUUAUGUCUUCAUAGAUGUACGCACCCUUGAUAUCAGGGCGAUUCUGCCAACAGAGGCUCAGCUUGGCCAUGCGUUUGCAAACGCUCUUCGACACGACAUCUUCCACUCAAUGCAGUACAGCAAAGACAAGUUCCUCGGCCGCAUUGUGCCAUUUAUGCUGCCCGCCGAAAUGAAGACGCUGGAGCAUAUUUUCUUUUUCGAGCAGGGCUGGAGCAAAGUGUACCCUGAUCAGGUUCUUGAAGACGCUAUCACUGAUGGUUUUGACUGCCCUGGCAUGGCACGCUUCUCUGGAACCCUUGAGGGAACUGGUGAUGCUGAGUCACUCGUGCUGACGGAAUGA